AUGGCAGAGGGGGUGGCGUGUUACAUUCCGGGAAAGGUGAAUGCUAUGGAGGAUAUCCGAGGCUGCAGGCAAUACCACAAUCUGCAUUUCUUGGUUUGGUUUGGCGUUUUGGGCAAAUUGCCGCAUAUGGAGGCGACAAGGGCGAGGCAAAAACGUCGGCCAUUUCCCGUACAACCUGCAGUUCUGGGGUAA